AUGUCGCUCUACAACUUUAAAAAGAUCGAGCCGGUCCCUACGGCCAGCGAUUUCAUUGACAUUAUCUUGUCAAAGACACAACGCAAGACGCCGACAGUGAUCCACAAGAACUACAAGAUCAGUCGUAUUAGACAGUUCUAUAUGCGCAAGGUCAAGUUCACUCAAGACAACUUUGAAGAAAAGUUCAAGAAUAUCCUGGAUGAAUUCCCAAAGCUUGAUGAUGUCCAUCCCUUUUACGCUGAUCUUAUGAAUGUGCUUUACGAUAAGGAUCAUUACAAGCUUGCUUUGGGUCAGGUUAAUACGGCACGUCAUUUGAUUGAUCAAGUUGCCAAGGACUAUGUUCGUUUGCUCAAGUUUGGUGAUUCAUUGUAUCGUUGUAAGCAACUCAAGCGUGCAGCUCUCGGCAGAAUGGCUACUAUUAUGAAGCGUCAAAAGGAUAGUUUGGCCUAUUUGGAACAAGUGCGUCAGCAUUUGUCUCGUCUUCCAUCGAUUGAUCCCAACACACGCACUCUUCUUAUUUGUGGUUACCCCAACGUUGGCAAGUCCAGCUUCAUCAACAAGAUCACCCGAGCUGAUGUCGAAGUUCAACCUUAUGCUUUCACCACCAAGUCUCUCUUUGUUGGUCAUAUGGAUUACAAGUACAUGAGAUGGCAAGUCAUUGAUACUCCUGGUAUCUUGGAUCAUCCUCUUGAAGAACGCAACACCAUUGAAAUGCAAUCCAUCACUGCCAUGGCCCAUUUGAGAUCCUGCAUCAUGUACUUUAUGGACUUGUCAGAGCAAUGUGGUUACAGUAUUGAGGAUCAAGUCAAGCUCUUCCAUAACAUCAAGCCCUUGUUCGCCAACAAGCCUAUUGUUCUCGUUAUCAACAAGAUUGAUCAAGUCAAGCCAGAGGAUCUCCCAGCUGAACAACGUGCCUUGAUUGAAGAAAUCAUCAAUGGUGAAAACGCUACCGUUAUGACCAUGUCCUGCUAUUCCGAGGAAGGUGUCAUGAAUGUUCGCAAUUCAGCUUGUGAUCGUCUUUUGCAAGCUCGUGUCGAGAUGAAGAUGUCUGGUUCCAAGAUCAACGAUGUCAUCAACAAGAUCCAUCUUGCCAUGCCCACAGCCAGAGACACGGUCGCUCGCUUGCCAAACAUCCCUGAUGGUGCUCUCAACCGCGUCAAAUACGAUCCUAACGAUCCUAACCGUCCCAAGCUUGCCAAGGAUAUUGAAGCCGAAAAUGGUGGUGCCGGUGUUUACAAUGUCAAUCUCAAAGAUAAAUACUUGCUUGCCGAUGACGAAUGGAAACAAGAUGUUAUUCCUGAAUUCUGGGAAGGUCACAACGUUGCCGACUUUAUUGAUCCUGAUAUUGAAGAGAAGUUGGAUGCCUUGGAGAGAGAGGAAGAACGUUUGGAACAAGAAGGUUUCUAUGAUGUCAAUGAACCUAUGUUGGAUUCCGAUGAAGAAGAUCUCAAGAACACAGCUGAUGCUAUUCGCGAACGCAAGAAGUUGAUCAUUCAAGCACACCGACUCGAGCACAACCGCAACAGAGCCAUUCUACCAAAGAAGUCAGCUCUCAAGAAUGCCAACUUGAAGGCCAUGGGUGACAAAUUGAGCAAACAUGGUCUCGAUCCAGAGGCUGCUGUACAAAGCACACGUGCUAUUGGCAAGAAACGAAAUCGUUCUGAGGCUGAGGCUGAUGAAGCUGUUAAGGAGGCUGAUGCGGAUGUCAGAGAUGAGGUGAUGGCUCGUGAGAUGAGCAACCUUGGUUUCCGUAACGUUAAGCAAAAGCGAGAAGCCGACAAACAAAAGAAGCUUGUUCAAACACAAUCCAACAAGUUUGGCAAACGUGGCGAAUCCGAUCGAGCUAUCAACACCAAGAUGCCAAAGCAUUUGUUCAGUGGCAAGACUUCCAUGGGUUCCCGAGACCGUCGAUAA